AAAACAUCCUGUGCGUAAAUAGUUGUCGGAAUAAAACACACAGUUUCACUGUAAAAUGGGUUUAAAUGAGGCCAUGAAUUACGUCCUCUUCAAUAAUCCUGUAUCCUCCACUAUGUGGUCGAUGGCGUCCCAUGGCGCGAAAGCUGUGGGCUUGAAACCGAAAGCCAUUGCGCAAAAUGCAGCAACCCAUACUGCGACCGUAGCCCAGCAGGCACUGCCUCCAUUGUGGAAGCUUCUGGGUCACAAUCGCCAUAUCAUACGUCUGGCAGGACUGAGCGGUGCAGCAGCUGUCGUUCUCGGAGCUAUUGGAGCUCAUUACCAUUUUUUACCGAAGGAUGAAGACAUGCAGGAUCGCGAUCCGAAACAGAUCUUCGAAAUGACCAACCGUUAUCAUUUCAUCCACUCGUUGGCCCUUAUGGCUGCUCCAUUUUCCCGGCGUCCAUAUCUGACGACCACUCUCAUGAUGUGUGGCAUGACAUUGUUUUGUGGAACGUGCUACUACGUCGCCUUCACAAACGAUCGCAGCGUGGUUCGGCUCACUCCAAUGGGUGGAUUGCUGUUGAUCUUUGGAUGGCUGUCAUUUAUUAUCUAAGCGUACUCAUUGGAAAAGAAAGGGGGAUUUCCAUUGUUCCAUCAUCUACUUUUUGUGGUUGCAUUUGAUGUUAAAUAAUAAAAGCGUUGCACAUAAUGUGCAACUAUCGUAUCGGGA